AUUAUUUAAUAUGGGAUGUGUAUGUGGAUCUAAAGAACAAACAAACGACCCUUAUUCCAAUAAAUCUAAGAGUAUAUAUCUUAUUAUGACAAAUAGGAGCAUAAUAAAAAAUUAAAGGAAAAGGAAUACAGAUUGGGGGAAAUUAAGAAAAUGCUCAAUAUGCUAAUUAAAAUGUAAAUGUUAUUAUUUAAAAUAGGAUUUGAUGGCUUAGGCUGCAGAAAAAAGAUUAAAAGAUUAAGAAAGAAGAGGAAUGAAUCCAGCAGCUUAAAUUGAAUAUGAAUUUAAAAAGUAAAAAUUAGAAGAAGCAGAAAAAUAUCAAAAAGAAAGAAGAGGAGAAAAUUAUAAUCUUAGAUGGUCAUGAUUUUAUUAUUAUUUAUUCAACUAUU